AUGAUAAAUAAUUCAUUAAUCAAAGUACAAGUGCAAGAAUUUAAUUCCCCUACUAAACCUUAGAGGAGACUUAUUAAUCAAAGAAUUAAACCUUAUAUUUAAGCCUACGGAUUAUCCCCAGAUCUCUUCGAAAUGAAAGGUAAAUCCGUUGUUUACAAAAAUAACAAUCCAAAUAACUAAAGUUAGUAAAAUAGAAGUGUGAUGUCAAUCAGAUCCAGUACUAAGAAACCAUAUCAAAAAAUAUCUAUUCAUAGACCAUAAACAGCCUCGCUACAGUUGCCGAAUAAUUUUGACUUACCAAUCACGAAUAAGUAUGCUAAUCUAUUCAAUGAAAUAAAGAAUGCUGAAAAUAAGCCACAGUUUCAAUAUCUUUAAAAAGCUGAAAAAUCAUUGAUUUUUGAGGAGGUAGAUGAAAGAUCAGAGUAAAGUAUAAUAAGGAAGUAUGAUUCAAUGUUAAAGAAUAUAGCACAUCUUGAAAAGGUUAAACAAUAGAAAAUCUAAGAGUUAGAAAUGUUACAAAGCAAAAUAGAUGAAGUUAAAAAUGUAGAUAUCCAUUCUUCACGUUUUAUCAUAAAAAAGAAUGUACAUAAAUCUUCUCUAAGGGAGAAGAAGGAUAAGGCUGCCUCUUUGAUUUAGGCGCAUGUUAAAGGUAGGUUUUAUUAGAGAAGAUAUAUAUUUUGGAAAAAAAAGAACGAAGAAAAAUUAAGAAAAGUUAUUUUUAUAUAGUAAUGGUGGAAAAAUUAAUUGAAGCAUAUAAAAAUAUAGAAAUAGUUUAGAAUAACUCAUCGGUGCAAAUAAGUGAGGUUAAUUGGCGGUCGUACCAUUUUUAUUAUUACUAAUUAUUCAUAUAUUUUAUAUAGGAUUAGAUUGUUAUUGAUAGAUAGAAUGGGAGUAAUGAAGGGAGUUUUCAGAUUGUAUUUGAAUUUAUAGAAUUGCUCAACUGUAUUAAAUGAGGAUAUAUCAAAAGAAUCAUUUGAAUUUGAAUCUUUAAUGAAUUUAAUUAUCAGUAAUUUGAUUUAACUAAUCUAAAUUAAAGAUGAUCAUUUUAUUUUAGAUUUGUAAAACUAAAAUAUAAUUGAUAUUCCUCAUUUGAUGUUAUAAGUUUAUAUGAAGUUAAAUUUUAUAGCUACUAAUUAAUAUUAAUUAUUAAUACAUAUUAAAGAAGAAGCACAAUAGGAAUCACAGAAUUAAAUAGAGUAAUUAUAAUAAAAUCAUUAUUAAUAUUUAUAAACUGAAAACUAUUAGGAAAACAAAAAGAAGGAUAAUUAAAAUGAUUAGGAUAUUUAAGCAUAUAGUAAUCUGGUUGAAUAGUAAGUCAAUAUAUAUACUGCUGAAUAAUAUUGCUAAAAAAUAGAAGAAUCGUAAUCAUCAGAAGUAUAACAAAACAUUAAUUAAUAAUAAUCUUAUGAUGAAAAUACAAACAAAGAAAUAUAGAGAGAAAUAAUAGAAAACUAAGAUCAAAAUUCAAAAAUAUUGAAUAAUCAAAAUAUGGUUGAAAUCUAAGAUAAAUAAGUUAUAGAAUAACAGAUUUAAGAUAAUAAGACUUUCUAAAAUGAAAAUCGAUAAACUGAUAAAGAAUUUAAAGAUAAAUUAAUUCAAUUUGAUGAUUUGAAAAAUAAUUAAAGUCGUGAUACAAAAACGAAUUAAGAUCAAGAAGAUAAUAUUUAAUAAAACUAAACAACAGAUUAGAUCUAAUAAAUUUAUAUUUAAAAUCCUUAAAAUCUGCCAAUCAAGCAAAAUUCUGAGAUAAAAUCAAAAAUAAUCUUAGAUAUUAUUUAAGAGUCUCAAUAAUUUUAAUAAAGCUCUGAGAAUUUAAGCGAUGAAAAUAACUAGGAAAUACAAUAAACCUCUAAUCAAAUUAAUUAUAAUAGUAUAUAAUCGAGUAAUAAAGUAAAAUUGUUUGAAUCAACAUAAAUAAAUCAAAAUGAAGUAUCAUCUUCAUAAAGGUUAGUUUAUAAAUAACCUGAUUAAGAAGAGAUUUAAACGAAUCAAGUAGAUAUUAUUUAAAUGAACUUGAAUGAUAUAGAUGUGGAUUAAACGGAAUGUGUAAAAAGUUAGAAUUAAGGUCUUAAAUCAGUAAAAUAAGAUUUAUAAACUUCACCAAUUGAAUAAAAUUCAUAAAUGAAUUUAAGUUAAGAGAGGAUAGUAGAAAAUAAAAAAGAAGAGUUUGAGUUUAUGGAGAUUAAGGUUAAUAAACCAAUUGAAAUUUAACAAGCAAAUGAUGAAGACGAUCAAUAAGAAUAAAUAUUUUAAUCAGAAUAUAUAUAUUAUUAGAAUAGUAAUAUAUUCUCAUAAAAGAAUGAAGCAGACCCUUAAUCACAGAUUUAUAAAAAGAAGGAUAAUCAAAAUUAAUAGCAAUAACCUUCAUAAAUAGAUUUCCAUCUGCUUAAGAGUUGUGAAAGCAAUAUAUUUGAACCAGUAAAAUAUCUAAACUCUGGAGAACUAUUGAGUAGAACUAAUUUUCUUGUUUAAUUGGGAUAAUUGGAAAAAAUUGAGAAUGAGAACACCUCUUUAUUGAUUUCAGGAGACUUGAAAAAGGAAGUAGAGGAUUUACCAGAACCUGUAAACUUAAGAAAGAACAACAGCAAUCAAUAAGAAUAGUUUAUGGAGUCUUAAUCCUUUUUACGAAGAAUGCCUAGUGAUUUUAAGUCUCCUUUAAUGGAUGACACCCUAAAAUUGAGUGCAACAUUCAAAUUUUAAAUCAGUUCAGAGUUUAAGGCUUUUGAGAGUGGAUAAUUGAUUUCAUAAUUAUUUGAUAUUAAAAUUUAGUAGUAGGAUUCACUGGAGUACUCAUUAGAUGAAUCGCAAGAUUUACAACCUAUCUACAUCACAACAAUAAGAGUAGAUGAUAUUAAUGUAGAUGUAUUUUAAAUUAAGGAUUUGUUGAGGUUAAAAGACAAGAAUGAUAUUUAUCGAUAAUUUGAUUUCAAGAUCUCUAAAAUAUAGUAAUCAAACUGUGAUUAUAUAAUCUAAAAUUUAUUUGUGUACAUAAUUAAAAAUGGUAUUAAUUGCAUAGAAGGCAAUUAAAUAGUAAGAAUAUAAAGAUACUUAAGGAGAUUCAGAUUUAUUAAAUCAUGUGUAUUGACACUCUAUAGAGAAUCAAUUUUAAUUUGUUUAUUCAAAUCAUUUUUUGGGAUGAAGUUGAGUAUUUAUGGAUAAGUGUAAUAAGGAGUGGAGAUCAUGAUUGAAAGAAUGGGGAUUAAGAGUAGGAAAAUACUGGAAAACAAUUUUUACUCAAUUUGUCCAUUAGUAUUGUCUUCUGAGAUGGAAGUGGAGUAAAUGAUACUGACAGCAAUAAAGGCUUUUGAUUUUGAGAGUGAGUGA